CCACUCUUGACUGGUAUCACUGUGGAUUCAUUUCACAAAGUGGUGGUAAACUAGGAUACAUAUUAGUUCAAGGAAAGAUGAUGAAAGUGAAUGCUCUUUCCAGUAUUGUUCCGCUUCACGUUCAAGAAGUAAAAUUCACUUACACUACGACGUGCACAGUCCAGACUCCCAGGUGGGAGUACGCAGCAGCUCUGGGGAAGCAGCGGGGUUACGUGCCUUACUCGGGGAUAGCUAGAUGUGUUGGUGGUGUCUAAAGAGCUAACGGAGAGAUACACCCCCACCCACAUUUUCCAUUCCGCAUCGUUGGAUUCAACCACCGAGUUUCCCGUCACAGUUAGCGCUUAACACACAAUCACACUACGUAUAGGAAUACGUAUAAGGAAACAGGAGAGACCCCCGUGUGUCCCUGUGUAACUUGUAGCAUUGAUUCUCCUUUAAAUUUCUGCCGUGGCUGGCUACUACCUCUGCCACUUACCAUCAGCAGCAGCAGCAGCAGCAACAGCGGCAGAAGCGCUGCUUCUUGAUGUUGUGGUCGGGAAUACGCAUGCGCCCGGCAUUGGAAUUACUGCACUGGCAAGAAUAAGUUGGACAUCGCCUGUCUUCACUAAAAGAAAAAACACAUAAGUAUGGCAGUGUUCAGAAUAAGAAGAAUGGUGUGUUUUCGCAUCUGGUUGUGCCCCCUCGUUGUGGCUGUGAUGUGCGCCCAAAGUGCCAGUGUCAGUGACCCUAGCAAUAUGUCUUUGGUUAAAGAAACGGUGGAUAGACUGUUGAAAGGUUAUGAUAUACGAUUGAGGCCAGAUUUCGGAGGUCCUCCGGUUGGAGUGGGAAUGAACAUAGACAUAGCCAGCAUAGACAUGGUAUCAGAAGUCAAUAUGGACUACACUUUGACCAUGUACUUCCAGCAGGCCUGGCGAGACAAGCGACUGUCCUACUCUGAAAUCCCCCUCAACCUGACCUUAGAUAACCGAGUGGCUGACCAGCUCUGGGUCCCUGACACCUACUUCCUCAAUGACAAGAAAUCAUUUGUCCAUGGUGUCACAGUGAAAAACAGAAUGAUCCGGCUGCACCCGGACGGUACCGUACUGUAUGGUCUGAGGAUUACAACCACUGCCGCUUGUAUGAUGGACCUAAGAAGAUACCCACUGGAUGAGCAAAACUGUACACUCGAGAUAGAGAGUUAUGGUUACACUACAGACGACAUUGAGUUCUACUGGCGAGGAGGAGACAAUGCUGUGACCGGGGUGGACAAGAUCGAGCUACCCCAGUUCUCCAUUGUGGAUCAUAAGCUCAUCUCCAAGAAUGUUGUCUUCUCCACAGGUGCUUACCCUCGUCUGUCCCUGAGCUUUAAGCUGAAGAGAAACAUUGGGUACUUCAUCCUGCAGACAUACAUGCCUUCCAUCCUUAUCACCAUCCUCUCCUGGGUCUCGUUCUGGAUCAACUAUGACGCUUCUGCUGCCAGAGUGGCUCUAGGUAUUACCACGGUGCUCACCAUGACUACCAUUAACACCCACCUACGAGAAACCCUUCCCAAAAUCCCCUAUGUCAAGGCCAUAGACAUGUACCUCAUGGGCUGCUUUGUAUUUGUCUUCCUGGCUUUGCUGGAGUACGCUUUGGUAAAUUACAUCUUCUUUGGACGGGGCCCUCAGCGUCAGAAAAAGGCAGCUGAGAAGGCAACUACAGCAAACAAUGAGAAGAUGAGGAUGGAUCCAAACAAGUGGCUGGUGGGUAAUGUCGUUGGAAGAGAUGAUACUCUGUACGCACGAAUGAAACAAAGAGAUCUUGAUGGUCAUGAUUCUAUGUGGGAGCCAAUCUUUGUUGAUGAUGCAGCAAUUGGACUUGGAGAUCAAAAAAAUAAGAUGGACCCACAUGAAAACAUCCUUCUGGGCACCUUGGACAUCAAGAACGACAUGGGCGUUUCAGAGCUGGCUCUGGGUCUCAAUGACCCACGAAAUACCAUACUCACAUAUGACAGUUCAGCUCUACAGUAUCGCAAAGCAGGGCUGACCAGGCACAACUUUGGCCGAAAUGCGCUCGAGCGGCACAUGACUCAAAAGAAGAGCCGUCUACGGAGGCGCGCUUCACAGCUAAAGAUCACCAUCCCAGACUUGACUGAUGUAAACUCUAUUGACAAAUGGUCGAGGAUGAUCUUCCCAACAGUUUUUUCCUUCUUCAACAUUGUUUACUGGCUUUACUAUGUCAAUUAAAAAGAAGGACAUCAGUGUGGGUAACGGCAAAAUAUGUUGUUCAUGUCUUGUUUGUGUCUGGUUUGUUUAAUCUUCAUGUGAUCUUAUAACACUGGACUGAAUAAUAUUUCCAAUCCUGAAAUAUAUAUUCAGGACUGGAUCCAUCAUACAGUAUCUUGGAAUACCACAGUUGGAAUACCGCAGUUGGAAUACCAUAUGAAAACAUUAUCGAAAACAGAUAUAUUACAAUCAUAAGGUGCCUGACACUACAACAUUUUUCAGAUUUCGUGAAUUAUGUAUCUUACUAUUUUUUAAAACUGUAUAUUUUCAUAUUUUUGGCUUUAUUAUGAUUCACAGUAUACAUAAAUCAUAGCCAAAAUCAGUUACCUACAUACAAAUCACACGUUGACAAUGGUUUGCUUUCACUGACACAGCUUUAAAGUAAGUAAGAAGCAAGUUUUAAAUCAACAGAGUUCAAUUACGUAUGUCACAGAAACAAAAUCUGUUGUUUCAGUAUUAGAAUAAAUUUCAUACCAGUACAAAAAGGGCCUAAAGCUCACAAUUUACAGUAUAAUGUAAUGUGAGCACUAUAUAAAGUAAUUUAUUUCUCUGCUAAUAGACUAUUUUGAUAAGAUGGCAUUAUGUAAUUUCAGCUAAACUCUUUUCAAAACAUCUAGGUUUUAUUUCAGAUUCCAUUCACGAAGCCUGCUGAUGGUGAAAAAUGGCACAUUGUUUAGAAGCAUUAAAGUAAUAUAGUCAAUUUGGAUUGUCAUCACUGCUCUGUCUACUUUGUCAAACUGUUGAAAGAGAGUAAAAAUACAGAGAGAAUAUGCAAGAAGGGCCAUAUAAACUGUCUUUAGCCAAAUUGACUUUACUUGUAUAUUAAGAUUGGAUUUUAUCCCAAAGCUUAUAUACAUAGUCUGUUUAUCCUUGGGAUUGAUUGAAUGUGAUGAAGGUAGUUUAGUCUUUAAACACCUGUAAAUAUCACCUGUAUAGCAUUUACUAAUGUGAAAAUAUGAUUUACAAAACUCCCUUUUCAGCUGUAAUCUGACUUUCUUAAAUGCAUAUUUUGCUGAAAAGACACUAUUAGCUAUAACAAUUUUUUUUUUCAUGGUUCAAGAAGAAUACAGGCAGCAAACUUAAAAAGUCUCUACUGGUCCACAAAAAGACCAGAAUGCACAAAAAUCAUCAAUCAACAGGUUAUGACACCAUUAUUUUAAUAUUAGUACUUUUAUGCAGAUGAUUGUUCUUUUAGUUUCUAAUGUUUAUUUCCCAUCUCUGCCUCGCAAGGCCAAUUAUUAUAAUUAUAAUUGUGCAUUAUUCCCAGAUUUAAAAAUGGGUUGAUUACUGUAAAGGACAUAGGUAAAUCCAAAAUCAGUAUACAGUAUAAUAACAGUUUAUUUACUAACAAUGCUGUGCAUUUGACUUUAUGUACACAAGGUAGAUUUUAUAAAAAGAUUUUGCACACAAGUUCUUAAAAGCCAUAGAGGCUGUACCAUAGUUUAUCUAAUAAGUGGUGCUUAUGGGGCCUGUUUUAAAUAGAACGCUAUUAAUAGGAUUAUGAGUACACUCAAUGUUUUAGUUACAACAAGGCUAAAUUGUGGAAAUACAACUGAGGCUGGAAUACACAAGUGUUGAAGCCUCCUCCCCAGAGAUUUGCCACACUGUGUGUAUGAAUGAACUGUGAUGUUCGGGCCUCCUCUCUGCAUAAACACCAAAUCAUUCAUCAAAGAGUGAAAUGUAAACUGUCACUGGGAGUUCAAACAUAAAAAGUUGGUUAGAGUUGCAGUGAGUGACAAAAACUUGCGCAGCAUGUGAAAUUGCAGCUAUGUGAACACUGAAAGGAAAUGGGGGUAACUCCAAAUCUUGUCUAAAAAAAAAAAAAAAAAAAA